AGACGAUCUACGUGAGCACUUGAAGAACGCCCCCAAGAAGACGUUCACUCAAGCACAGGCCGACUCUUCAAGCUCAGACAACAGUAGUUCCAGCGAGUCUAGUGGUACUGAUUCAAGUGAAGGUACUUCAUAUUACAGUUUAUGAAAGUUUGACACAAUGUCAUUGUCGCUUAUACUGAAAUGUUUUAUUUUUUUAGAGAGUUCGUCAUCCUCUGAAGAGGAAACCAACAGAAAGAAAAAGUAAGAAAUAUUUCUAGAAAUGUUGAAAUGUUUUUCUAAAUUGUAGUCUUUUUACAGAGAAUUAUUUAUUUUGUUACAACUAUGUUUACCCACGCUCACACGCUGAUCCCUUCAGUAUAGGCUGAUUUCAUGGGGGGUUGGGAGGGGGGGGGGGGCGUGAAGACACAAAAAGGACUAUAUAUACUAUGUAGUCACCGGCAUUUUUACAGCGCUAGCCGGUGACUUCUAUACAAUGAAUUUAUAUGUCUUAAAUUAAGAAGAUGCUGUCUUGACAUAAAAGUAUCGCGGUUGCGAUUUUGACAUAAAAAUAUCGCGGUUGCAAUAUUUUGACUUCUGGCAGGAAUCGAAAAUGCGGCCCUGCGAUUCCGGUACAGCGCUCUAACCAACUGAGCUACAGAGGCCAGCUGAUGCAUGGUAGUGAUACCACACUUACAGAAAUUGCCCUUUAUUUUAGGUCACAGCGUCAAAACAGUUCACCACGAAGAAAGAGAUAG